CAACAGAAGCGCCAGCAGUUACGACCCAGACUACUACUAUCACCACUAAACAAACCACUACAGUACCUACAACGACGGUUGUGUAUCCAGCAUGUGUACAAACAAACUGUGCUCACUUGUAUCUGCGAUAUUGUCAUCUGUACCAAACUAACAAUGUUAUCGAAGGCAGAUGUAUGCCGUUCCAAGUUGGACCUGUAUGUAGUAAUUACACAGAACUACAAGGCAAUGGAUGUACAUGUGAAACAACAGAAUGCUCUAUACAUAUUCUGACAGCGUAUUCUCAUCACAUGGGGCCAAUAUUCACAACAACGGUUCCUACAGCUACAUCUACGAUGAGCAUCUCUACAACUGUAGAUGGAUACGAAUGCUUCGGACAAAUAUGUUCGUCCACUAACACCUUUUGUCAUAUGUAUGAAUAUUUGGACCACUUUGAUACAAGAUGUAUGCCUUUCAAUACAUGGAAUGAGUGUAAAGUAUAUACAGACCUUCAUGGAAGUGGUUGUUCUUGUACUUCCAAGACAUGUGCAGAAUCUGUAGUGAAAGACUACGUUAACCAUAUUUCAAUCACAACAUCAAGACAAAAAAAUAUAUCAACUACUAUCAGUUCAACAAGACUGACGACCACAUCCCCAACAACGAUAUCUCCAACAAUGAUAUCUCCCACAACAGGACUUCAUUGUUUCAAUACUUUAUGUGCUGUAAAUGAGGUAUGCAGAGUGUACUUAGAUAACGCAAAUUUAUAUGCAGGAUAUUGUAUUUUGAAAAAUGUAGAAGAUUUGUUGAUUUGCAAAAGUAGUACAUUGACCCUGUCGACAGAAUGUGAUUGUUCAUUACAGAGUUGUAUUGAUAGUUUUACAGUCUCAAAAUCAACCAAUACUCAUCCAACAACUACCAUGCAGACACUAAUUUCACCAAAACCACUAAUCGUUACAAAUGCACUUUCUUCUGAAUUAACCACUUUGACGAUAUCAGCAUCAUCGCCAACACCAACAUCCGUUUGUCAAGAUAAACCCGGAGUGGAUUGUGUAUUGCUUAAUUCAACAAAUAUUUGUGCCAACCCGUUUUCACAUCAAUAUUGUGCCCAUUUUUGUGGUCACUGUACCAGAGUUAUUCAGUCUGCCUUUGGAUAAUGGAUAUUCUGCUAUUAAAUGUUAUUGCAUGUUAUAAUUUGAUUUGUUUUGCGAAAGAUUUUUCUUUUGCUUCAGUUAGUUUAAAGUGUUAAAAGUAGUAGAAUACACCAAGGGAGCAUUUCAAAACUCAAACGGAAACCAACAAAAUACUAAUUUAAACUUAAGACUGAGCAAGCUCUUGCAUUCAAUUACCGAAUUCACCUUCUGUACGUUUUGUUGAAGGCUAAACAGUGCGCUGCAGUUGUUUACAUCACCAUCCGUUGGUCUUUGUUGGAUAGUUGUUUCAUACCAUUUCUUCAUAUUUCUAUAUAUAGAACAGAUAUAUCAAAAAUGUAAUUUCGCGUAUUAAUCUUAGAGAGGGUUUAUAUUAUACAUCUUACUGUGAUUAUCCUAAAGACUAUCAAAAUACCAAUUGCUAAACUAUUUCAACAAAAUUGCAGUUUGAAUUCAUCUCUACAAACUACAGAACUACAAAUCGGUAAGGUUAGAAAGAACACAUAAGACGUAGAACAUUUCUAACUUUUUAUUAUUAGUUCAUACGCAAAUUUUUAACAUCAAAACGUAAAAUGCCUGGGUAUUGUGGGUAUGAAUUGAACCUUUUAAAACCUAGGAUAACUAUUGA